CAGCUGGUACCUUACAUCCAUUCCCCUCCGCUCCCCUCCCUCUUCCUCCUCAUCGCUUUCGUCUUCUGGCAGUUACUGCACAUUACUGUGGAAAGUCGCAUAACAUUUCUGAACCUCACGCAAUCAAUCAAACAUGGCCGACCGCUUCCCUUCAUUGGAGGAUUUCUCCGCGGGCCAAACUGAGGUGGUGGAGACUAAUGGCGGUGCUGAUGAGAACGACUUUCUGGCUCGCGAAAGAGCCAUGCUUGGUGAUGAUGCCGAGCAAUUUGCAACUCCCCAAGACCAUGUCGCUGUCACCGAAGGCGUAAACAACGAUGACGAUCUACUUGGUGGUGGUGCGGAUGCCUUCCCAGCCGCAGGCGAUGCGUCUCCUAACGAGAUCGGCGGCUUCGAAUCUUCAUUCCCAGCUCUCGACACACAAAAUGAGCAAGUUGCCCCUGGUGGUACAAUCACUGGAACGGGGGCCCCCUUCCCGCCUACCGGAUACACCAACUACACUUCCCAAGCUCCCGACGAGGAGCCUGAGCCCGUCAGGGAAUGGCGUGAAAGACGCAAUGCAGACAUUCAGCGUCGUGCCGAGAUUUCCGAGGAGAAGAAGGAAGCGACCAUCAAGAAGGCGCAGGAGGACAUUGAUGACUUCUAUGUCUCCUACAACAACAAAACAGACAAGCUGCGCGCUCAGACUCGCGCCGAAGCCGAGCAGUUCCUUUCUAAUCGUGAAGACACAUCCUCUGGCGGCACUAGCUGGGAACGGAUUGCUAAACUGGUUGACGUGUCUGGAAAGGGUAGCAAGGGUGGCGCCAGCGGAUCUGGCAAGGAGCGCUUCCGAGAGCUACUGCUCGAUCUGAAGAAGGACCAGAAUGCACCCGGUGCUGGCGGUGUCUAGACCUCGAAUCACCUGAACUCCACGGUUGGCGAACGGGACCGAAAAGAAAAAGUCCCCUGGAAAUUAUACCUCAUCACUUACUUCAGCGCCAUUCUCAUGAAAAUCAUGUUAUUCCGCAUCGACUCCAAGAGCCUACACGUUCCUCACCAACCUGAAUAUACCUAUGUUGACCGCUUGGGGCCGUGGUGGCUUCCUAAUCACAUGUUUCUUUAUCCUAUUUUCGUCACAUGUUUUGAUAUCUUCGUUAUUCCCUUUCUGUAGCUAGAUCAUGCAUAUUGGAACACUAAAUUAUUUCACACCUCGUGGAAC